ACGCUCCCUUCGACGCCCAGGAAGAGCAAUAGCACACAUCUAUCUCCAUAAGUUUUAAAAGGACGAUUCAUUCGAUGUUUUAACGCUAGUGUACGUGCAGUCUGUCGCCCAUAUGUUUCUGGAGUGGUAUUGAGCGUAAUAAUGCUGGAUGGUCGGACUGAUGAAGUUCAGUUUGGAUAUCUGCCGGCUUCUGGGGCUCAGCGUGGUAUAAUGGACAAUUGAUAAUUCCAUCCAGACCGUUAGAGGGCGCCGCUUGCUCACGCAACGCUGACUGAAGCGCUGAAUGCAGAAACAGCUUUUUAAGGCUCCAGUGAUGAGACGCCACAGGAGAUGGACGCAGGAGCCAUUGCUGAGCAGAAUGAAGACACACUCUCACAGGAUGUGUUAAUUGGUGAGGAAGGUCUCAGCGAGGAUGAGAAAGCCAGACGGAAAGCUGAGAGGCGAAAAGCCAAGAGGAAGCGUCAACGGCAGCGUAAGAAACUGGAGCAGGUUAAAAAGGAUGAAUGCAGCGAGCAGGAGAAUGCCGGAGUUGAAUCUGAACUCGAGGAGUCGGAGGAGUCUGAGCCAGAAGAGGUGGAAGAGAACGGCCUUUCAAAGGUGGAAGAGAAGCCAGUAGCUCCUCUGAGUAAAAGUCCUGCUGGACCUCCACUGGCUUCAGCGAACAAAAGCAGCCAGCAGCCGAUGACCCGCUCCAGUGAGGAGGACCCAGAGUGGGAUGUAAACAGUGCUUUUGUUGCCAACGCUGUUAGUCACAUCCGACCUAAAGCCAAGAGUAAAGGAGCUCACAAAUCAAAAGAGAACAAGGAAAAUGAGAGCAGGACUGGAGAAGUGACUGGAGAAGUCAUUGGUUUAGUUGAUGCUGUAACUAAAAGAAGUGCCUUACUAGUAGAAAAAGGAAUCCGAUACGUACAGGAGGGACAGUACUCGCAUGCUCUCAGUCUGUUUACAGAGGCCAUCAAAUGUGAUCCAAAAGACUACAGGUUUUUUGGGAAUCGCUCCUAUUGUUACUGUUGUCUGGAGCAGUACCCUCUGGCCCUAGCGGAUGCGGAGAAGUCCAUUCAGAUGGCUCCUGAUUGGCCCAAAGGCUAUUACCGUAGGGGAAGCGCACUUAUGGGGCUAAAGAGGUACAGUGAAGCUGAGAAAGCCAUGGAGCAGGUGCUAAAGCUGGACAGAGAUUGCGAAGAAGCCGUCAAUGACCUACUUUACUGUAAAGUGCAACAGCUUACGGAUCUGAGAUAUGACGAGGAGCAGAGCAUCCAAUUGCUGGAAAAAUAUAGCACCGUGCAGGCAGUUGUUGCAGCCAGGGCAUCAAAUCAGGACUGUGCCUUCCUUCAGCCAGGUCCUUGCAGUUCCCUCUGGGUGGGUAACGUGUCCACAGAACUGACGGAGAAGCAUUUGCGGGACCUUUUCAAAAUUUAUGGAGAAAUCGACAGCAUUCGGGUUCUGCACGAACGUUUCUGUGCCUUUGUAAACUUUAAGAAUGCUAAUAUGGCUUCCCGUGCAAUGGAGAAACUCAAUGGACAUCUAAUUGAGAAUACCCGUCUAGUGGUUCGAUAUCCAGAUCGACGGAUUCAGAGAGCCCUGCCAACUCCUGCCAUUCAACAGUCAGGAUAUGCUGGGCCUAGACGCAGAGGUCCUGUCAACGGAGACGAGUGUUAUUUCUGGAGGACCUCUGGCUGUCAUUUUGGAGAUAGGUGUCGCUAUAAGCACAUUCCUGAUCACAGAGGCAAAGACUGGCAACCUUGAGUCAACACUAGCCUCCCCUUCUGUCUCCCUCUGAACUCUGGGAGGUGCCUGCAUGACUGUAGGGGAACUGUUAUCUUCACUUUUAUUUUCUGUAGGUCAGGACCAGUAUUAUAGAUCAAGAGUGCAGCGUUAUGUGAGUUCACUGUCAGGCUCUGAACCUCACAGGGGUAUAAACGUAGAGCAGACUUAUGAGGUGAGGUUUGGGUGGUGCACAGUGCCAGAGCAUCGUUACACCGCAUCACCGUCUGCUGAGGUUUGUGGCCUCUCAUAUUGUAUGUUCUCUUCUCUCUUCCUGUGCCAACACCACCAAGCCAAAGAAGAGUCUGGUCUGACAUUUGAGUUUCAGUCCGAAUGAAUGACUUUCAUUCUGCAUUUGGGGUUAAAAACUCAAAAUCCCUUGAAAUGAGGAUCAGAGAGUUGUACCAAAGAAUAAUACUAUGCCAUCUGUGGAUUUUAUGUUAAGAGAGAGAGUUUGAAAAGGCAUUGAACUUCAAUCAGGGAAAAUUAGCUUUUUAGUUUUGGCGUGUGUGUUUUGAUUGGAUCUUUUUUUUAUAAUUUAGCUCAAAUUCCACCAUCUUACACACACACUCCAGCUUUUCAUUCUGUAUGUUUGUUGCCAUUUCAAAUUUAACUUCAGCUAUGAUCCUAAAUUCUCUUGAACUGCCCCAACUGCAAGACCUCUUAGGGCUUAUCAGUAUUGCAAAGGUUAGAGCUAUUGUUUGAACCUUUCAAAGAAUUGAAGUCCCUCUUGAUCUGUUAUUUUCACUUCUCCAUUAGUUUUUCACAAUCUUGCACUUUACCACAACAUCAGACAAUUAACUUGGGUACAUGAAACAUCAACUACAGGUAGUGUUCCUUGGCUGAAGAGCGCGGCGUUCCGCGUCAGAACAACAUGUGAAUGUUUUUUUGAAAUAAGUUUGGUCUUUUGUUUAUUUGCAGCCAGUCAGAAUCAUGUUGCUACAUGUAUUGAUGACCUACAUCAUCAGUGGAAUUUUCCUACAGCUUUUUUAAGAUUUUCAAUUUUGUAUGUUUAAAGUAUUUUCUAAUGGCAUGUCAGUGCCAUUUAGAUAUAAAGUUUUUCAUUCACAGAUCACAAACACAGGUUUCAGCCAUAAAAUGUUUCAUGCUGCUUUGUAAAAUGAAAAAAUCAUUUGUUUCGAUAUUAUGCAAGGGCUCAGACGCAGGAGGAAGCUACUGAAUCUCCUGCCCUGGCUUUGACACUUCUUCCAUCAGCACAAAAUUGAAUGAGGUUGUUUGCAUCAUUUUCUCCUCUUGUAUUUUAAAAUGCCUGUUAUGGGUUUAACAGAAGAGAAGGAAAUUAAGACUGGUCUUUAGUCUUCUACAUCAUCAAUAUGUAGUCUUUCUUGUAGAACAGAGUUUGUUGCUAUUAGUAGUUAAGAUGAUGAUAAGGGUUUUUGGUAAAUAAUGCUCUCUUGUUUAAAGGCAUUUGAAAAUUCUUAGAUGACCUUGGUAUGUUGAGAACGAAAGUCGGUUUCUGUUGUACUGUUUUAUGACACACACUUAACCAAAGAAACACUAAUGUUUACCUAGCGUUCCGCUGACAAACAUAUCUGCUAUUUUUUUUACUAAUGUAUAUUACACUAUUUUGGACAUGUCACUUCUCAGUUUUUAGAUACAACUGCAUUGGUUUUAUGCAGUCAUUAGUCACACUAGAGCUUUUAGUUGUAUUGUUUCUCAUUUAGGGCAUUGAAGGUAAUUUCUUAUGGCUUUUUGUGACAAUAUAGAGUGCCUUAAAAACAAUAAUUUGCUAUCAGAUGAGUUGAGCAUUAAUAUUUGAUGCAUAAAUGCAUUUGGUAGAUGCUUUUAUCCAAAGCAACUUGCAGUGCAUUCAAGUUUUCAAAUAUUUUAUUGGUAUGCGUUAACUGGGAAUUUAACCCAUGACCUUGAUUGAUUCCUAGGGACAACACAUGUUGAUAAAAUAUGUACCUUGAAUGCACUGUAUGUAACUUUGGUAAACACAUCUGCCAAUUGCAUACAUGUAAUGUUUAAAUUGAGAUUUUCCAUUAACAUGGUGGCUUUUUAUUUUAGGCUACGAAUUGGAUGAUAAACUGAAUUAUACAGCUAAAGUAUUUUACUAUAAAAGAACAGUAAUGUAUUCCGAGAAAUGUCCCUUUUUGUGUGUGUGUGUUUGUGUGUGUGUGUGCUUAGUUGAUUUGAAAUUGAGGUGAUUCUUCUUUUCAGCUUUAAGGAAAGAACUGCAUUUUCAAAUAAAUUAUUAUUAUUAUUAUUAUUAUUAUUAUUAUUAUUAUUAUUUUGUUCUGACAACAAUAAUUCCUCACUGUUGUGCUAAAGCACUUACUUAAAGCAUGCAUUAAAUUACAUUUAUUGCUUAUCAUUUUGCUUGAAUGUGUGACAUUCUUAAUUUUGCUUUUUGGAAUAUUGAUUGAAGCAAACUGUACUCUGUGCUCUUUCAUAUUCUGUUAAAGUUUUAUUUGCAACUCUUAGUACUGCAUCGGGAAAACAUUUUCGCAAUAAAUGUAUGAAAGCUCAA